AUGAGAAUCAAUUUUCUCAAAUUAAACAGUGACAAAACUGAACUUGUCAUCAUCACCUCGAAGGCAUCAAAACACAGGUUGACAAUACCAGAGUUCAACAUCGACGGAAUUGUUAUUGAGCCAAGCAACCAAGCAAGAAACCUUGGGGUUAUCUUUGAUUCAAACCUGACCUACAAGGCACACAUCAACAAAGUCUGCAAAAAAGCAUUUCUUAACAUCAGGAACAUCAGUCAAGUGCGACGCUAUCUUAACACUAAGACAGCCACUACUAUUGUACAAGCGUGCAUGCUAUCACACCUUGACUACUGCAAUGCCCUCCUGGUAGGAUUACCAAAACACCUGAUCCAAAAGCUUCAGCGGGUACAAAACCCUGCUGCCAUACUGAUCACAAGAGCCAAAUGCUGUGAGCACAUCACACCGAUUCUCAAAGGUCUACACUGGCUUAAAGUAGAACAGAGAAUACGGUUCAAGGUUCUCGUUCUUGUGUUCAAGGCACAGCAUGGUCUUGCGCCAAGCUACCUGGAGGAUCUCAUCAUACAAUACCAGCCAACAAGAACCCUACGAUCUUGUGAUCAAUCGUUGCUUGAAGUGCCACCAUCAAGAACAAUCUCCUACGGGGAUCGCUGCUUUGCAAGGGCUGGUCCUCUUCUUUGGAACGCCUUGCCCAAAGAACUCAGAAUGCUCAGUGAACUUAACAGUUUCAAAAAACAUCUGAAGACACACUUGUUCAGCAAAAUAUAUACGGCCAUACCAACUGUGCGAGCUUCAAGAGCGCUUUUGAGCAGUCAGUCUGGAAACUAG